CUUCCCUCUGAAGGACCUCUGCCAGUUACCUCUUGAUGAUUCGCAGCAUGAACCUCCUCAAAUCUAGCACCUUUGCAGUGACACGCUGCUCAAGAUACCCAAUUCGGAAUGCGACCAAAAGAUGGAACUCGGUAUCACAACGACCAGGCUCGGAUCGAGUACGCUUCCCUGGUGCUAUAGAGAGCAAGUUCACAACCAACCUCGACUUCACAAGGCCAUCGAACAAGAAAGCAAUGCCUACUUAUCGUAUUCUGGACCAAGAUGGUGUCAUAGUAGACAAGUCAAGGGAGCCUUCCGAUGUCUCAGACGAUCAUCUGAUCAAUAUGUACAAAGAUAUGCUUAGUGUGAGCAUCAUGGAUGUGAUCAUGUUUGAUGCACAAAGACAGGGACGCAUCAGUUUCUAUAUGGUUUCAGCUGGCGAAGAAGGCAUAGCAGUGGGAUCGACCUCUGCUUUGGACCCUAGUGAUCCAAUCUUCGCCCAAUACCGAGAGACCGGAAUUUUCAAGUACCGAGGCUUCACACCAGCAGACUUUAUGAACCAGUUGUACGCCAACAAGCAUGAUCCGGGAUUGGGUCGCAACAUGCCCGUCCACUACGGCAGCACAAAGUACCAUAUCCACACCAUCAGCUCUCCUCUCGCUACUCAGAUUCCUCAGGCUUCCGGUGCGGCCUAUGCCGUCAAGAUGCAAAACGCCAUGAAUCCGAAAGACACACAACGCUGUGUGACAUGCUACUUUGGCGAAGGUGCAGCCAGCGAAGGCGACUUUCACGCGGCUCUGAACAUCGCCGCUACAAGGAAAUGUCCAGUCAUCUUCAUCUGCAGAAACAACGGUUACGCCAUUUCGACACCGACGUUAGAACAGUACCGCGGUGAUGGCAUUGCUUCAAGAGGUGUAGGCUACGGCAUCGACACCAUUCGCGUGGAUGGCAACGAUGUCCUUGCUGUCAGAGAAGUCACCAAAGAAGCCCGCAGAAUGUGUCUCGAAGAUGGCGGCAAACCUAUACUGAUCGAAGCAAUGAGUUACCGUGUCUCGCAUCACAGCACGUCUGAUGACAGCUUCGCAUAUCGCGCCAAGGUCGAGGUAGAAGACUGGAAGCGUAGAGACAAUCCAAUCACCCGUCUACGCAAGUGGAUGGAAGGCAAAGGCAUCUGGGACGAGGAGAAAGAAAAAGAGGCUAGAGCUGUGCUGAAAGAGGAGAUCCUGGCGGCAUUCAAGCAGGCCGAGAAAGAAAAGAGACCUGCACUGAGAAACAUGAUGGAAGGUGUGUACGAAGAGUUGACUGAGGAGCAGAAAGAGCAAAUGGAGAAGCUGAGGGGUAUCAUCGAGAAGUAUCCUGACGAGUACGAUGUCAGUGAGUAUGAAGGCGGACUCGACAGCUUAAAGAACUAGUUGGACAGGAGAGACUAGAAUGGGGGCGAAAAUAAA